UGUUUUCAUCACUCAGCUGUUCCAGAUUAACAAAACCACGUCCUGUCUGAACAAGAACCUCCACCCACAGCUGCACCGCCUGCAGUCUCCCCCCCGCCAGCAUGGCCAUACGUCUCCUCACUGCUGUAGAAGACGUCAUGGCGCGUCGAGGUCUAACGUAUCGUGAGUGCACCGUUGAGAUUGAGAAUAAAUGCUCGGAGUUCACCCUGUGCAACCCGCAGGUUUACGUUCAAAGUGGAUUCUGUAAAAGUCCUCUGGCGCCGACGCUCGGCCCGUCUGAGUCCAGCAGAGCUCUGUUCACCAAGACGGCUUUCUCGGCACGCGGGGCCGUCGGCGUCUUCACCUACGAUCUCCAGAACAAGUCCAAGGAGGACUGUCUCGAGAAAGUGGCGGUCCUGUUCUCCGUCCCCUACGACUACAUCCAGUACUGCAACCUGUACGCCGUGGGGGUCUUCGACCAGGACACCAGGUGCGAUGAGAGCCUGUUCGACGAGAUGUGCUACAGCACGCACCAGCAGGCGGUGUUCGUCCGAGGGAAGGCUAAAGACACCGGUCUGGCUCACAAAGGGGGGCGCGUCACCGUCCGGGCCACCAUGUCGGACAGCGCCACGUCCGUCCUCAAGGUGCAGGUGUGCAUCAAAUGAAAUAUGGAGCAUAAC